CUUCGCCCAAGUCCUCCGUCUUUCAUUACGCAGGGGGACUGAAUUGCGACGCGGCAGCAUGCACGACGCGCAGGCGAGCGUGGCGCUUCACGCGUUCGCCGCUCGUCUUCGGCGCUGCCACCCCAGAUACCCAGCAUAUAAGGCCCGGUCCGCCGACGCUUGGUCCGACUUUCUUCGCCCGCCAUUGCCGUUCCUGAUUAUUCGCUGGAGUUUCUGUCUGCCGAUCCUAACGAUCCGCGAACAUUCCCACUUAGCUCCGCCCCACCAGCCCUAUCCACCUCACCAAUUUCUGCUCUGGCUCUCCUCACACCCUCAUGUUGCGAUACGACCGACGCGCACAAGCCUACGGCGACUGGGUGGCAUACCCUGCCUACAACACCGCCCAGUACGUCUAUUACGACACGCCCAGCGGCCAGCAAGUCUAUCCAGCAGCCGCGGAGACCGUCUACGCCAUGACACAGGACGCCAUGUACCCGCAGGACGGCGGCUACUACACGUGCGCCCCGCAGACCUGGAGCCAGCCGCCGUGCGCUCAGGCUGGCGCGUAUGACGACGCGAAUUUAUUGUGGUCACUCAUGCAAUGCGCCUCACCCAGCGCCGUUCCCUCCCUCUCGCGCUCCGACAGCCUCGGAUCCCGCACGCCGCCCACCCCAUGCACGCCUGACUUUGGCUUGCGCCCGAAGCUCGAGGCCCCGCCGCCCGCACCGCCGCCGCUCUCAGUCAAGCUCGAGCCCGAUGAUGGCUUCGUACUCGAGCCGGCGUCGUUGCUCGCGGAAUCAUACGGUCGCGACCACGCGUGUUUGCCGCCAAACGAGGUGCCGCUCCGCGCGACCCAGGCGCCGCCCAAGAUGCGCCGUAUGAUGGGCGUCUUCCGUCUCAAUCCCUUUGCGCCUGCGCCUACCGAGACGGAGGUCGACGCCAAGCCUCUCGACCAGCCCGGGAAAAUUAUCACUUUCCAGCUGGAAAACGUGGUAUCGGUCGACGGCCUCCCUCAAUUAUCCAUGACCCAGGAAAAAAUUGAGGAUGUCGGCGGUGGCGACUUCGAGGUCAGCAACCAGGUCGCGCCUCAUGCGACCACCUUGCCCUGCGCAGCGACGGACGGCGGAUGGGAUGUGGGCGAGAGGUCGAGCUACAGGUCUCGGCAUCCGUUCCCUUGCGACGCGCAGUCUGCCACGCCCCACCCAUCCCCCUCUCUGCGUCCCAAGGCCGCGAGGACGGUCAGUAGGGCGUCCGGAAGGACCAAACGCGAGUCACCUCACCCAUAUCGACGCCCUGCGACGCCUCGCCUCGCCCGCACGCCCCCUUGCCCCGUCGCUGUCCCGCCUCGCCCCCGGCGUGCCCCGCCGGUCGAUCGCGACGCGCUGGAACUCCUACCAAGAGCUGGAAUGAACACGGGGUACGCGCCUUCUCAGCAAUUAUUCUCGGCCGGCACCUCCUUCCCCAAUGUUUCGCGGGACGUGAGGCCGCAGGACUCUUCGUCGAUGCCCAUUAUGGCCCCAAUCCCACGGCGGUCGUGGUGGGCCGCGCAAAAGCCCUCUUACUGCGACUUGUUCGCGCUGUGAAUGGGCGUGUUCGUUUUACUUUGGAUCGAUCCUUGUCGGACUUCGUUUGGAUGCUGCAUUUGAAGGCAACGUGGGGACUCGUGGGUGCGGUGUAUUGGAUUGCAGGGUGGUAGUGCUGGCACCUAACGCGUGUAACGGUCUCCGAAUUCUCUUGCUGGGUUUACUUACGCUUUUGCUCGCCAGAUAUGUGUGGCGCCCCGGAACCUCUCAGACGGAAUUCGCUAAUUUACUCUACGCAUUUUAUUCACCUCUAGGAAACGCUUCGCUCUAGUACUGUAUGCACGAACUCAUUGGAACGUCUUGUAGGUAAUUUACUCUGCACUUCUGCUUUUGUACACACGUAUGCUCUCGUUAUGAUGAUACCAUGUUGCUGACCUA